GGGGGCGGCUGCGGGCGGAGGUGCGCUCGCCACCAGCCCCAAAGUCAUUUCCCAUCUCCCGUGCACUUUGUUCCAACUAUUGGGGGCGUCGCUGCCCCUCUUCAUGGUCGCGGGCAAACUUCCUCCCCGGCGCCGCUUCUAAUGGAGCCCCACCUGCUCGGGCCGCUCCUCGGCCUCCUGCUCGCCGGCACCCGCGUCCUCGCCGGCUACCCAAUUUGGUGGUCCCUGGCCCUGGGUCAGCAGUACACAUCCCUGGGCUCACAGCCCCUGCUCUGCGGCUCCAUCCCCGGCCUGGUCCCCAAGCAGCUGCGCUUCUGCCGCAACUACAUCGAGAUCAUGCCCAGUGUGGCUGAGGGCGUGAAGCUGGGCAUCCAGGAGUGCCAGCACCAGUUCCGGGGCCGUCGCUGGAACUGCACCACCAUCGACGACAGCCUGGCCAUCUUUGGGCCCGUCCUGGACAAAGCCACGCGCGAAUCCGCCUUUGUGCACGCCAUCGCCUCGGCCGGCGUGGCCUUCGCCGUCACGCGCUCCUGUGCCGAGGGCACCUCCACCAUCUGCGGCUGCGACUCGCACCACAAGGGGCCCCCCGGCGAGGGCUGGAAGUGGGGGGGCUGCAGCGAGGACGCGGACUUCGGGGUGUUGGUGUCCCGGGAGUUCGCGGAUGCCCGUGAGAACAGGCCUGACGCGCGCUCUGCCAUGAACAAACACAAUAAUGAGGCUGGCCGCACGACCAUCCUGGACCACAUGCACCUCAAAUGCAAGUGCCACGGGCUGUCGGGCAGCUGCGAGGUGAAGACAUGCUGGUGGGCACAGCCCGACUUCCGCGCCAUCGGCGACUUCCUCAAGGACAAGUACGACAGCGCCUCGGAGAUGGUGGUGGAGAAGCACCGCGAGUCGCGCGGCUGGGUGGAGACGCUGCGCGCCAAGUACGCGCUCUUCAAGCCGCCCACGGAGCGGGACCUGGUCUACUACGAGAACUCCCCCAACUUCUGCGAGCCCAACCCCGAGACGGGCUCCUUCGGCACCAGGGACCGGACUUGCAAUGUCACCUCCCACGGCAUUGACGGCUGUGACCUGCUGUGCUGCGGCCGUGGCCACAACACGCGGACGGAGAAGCGCAAGGAGAAGUGCCAGUGCGUGUUCCACUGGUGCUGCUACGUCAGCUGCCAGGAGUGCAUCCGAGUCUAUGACGUGCACACCUGCAAGUAGAGGCCAGGGUCCUGGGACCGGGUGAAGCGCGUGGCCGGGCAGAUCCACCGCAGUCCGCUGGGGAGCAGGUUCCGGAGCCGGGCUGGGGUCUCGGACUGCAGCGCCCACGGCCGCCGCCCCCCGCCUCCUGCUCUGGCCGCCCCGGAUGGUGCGUGGUGUUCACGGAAGGGGCUUUCCUUUUCCUUCUCUAGGGUCUGCUCGCCUCAGGCCCGAGGCUUAUCUUUGCACGUGUGAAAGAAAAUAAAGACCAACAACAAAACGUCUCCUUCGACGGGCUGGGCGAUGAGAGCCCCCGCCCCGGCAUUGAAGACCUCAGCCCGGGCGCUACCCCGUUUCCAAACUGCUUCUGGGGGUGUGUGUGUAUGUGUUGGUGGGGGGGAAUCUCUCAGAUGCCUGAAGGGGAAGGGGCAGACCCCCGCGACCCCUUUCUGGUCUGCCCCUUUCCAGUGGGCUGGCACGUUCUGACCAAAGCCAUAGGUCCAGCUAAGCAGACAGGCCCGGGGCACAGCUGGACGAGGCAGUGGGGUUCCCGAUGUUCAGAGGGCAGCCGUGGGUCCUCCUUCGUCCAGCCUCUCACCCCGCUGUUCUGUUCCUUUGGGUGGUGGGUGUUGUAAAUAGGUGAGGUCUGGGGUGGCGAGGCCUCCCUCAGGGGAGAAGGGACCAGUUGGUGCCCCACCCCCCGGGGUCCCCUCCCCCACGCCUAUGGAUUCUGCAGAGCGCACAGGCAGAGCAGCUGGACGGUCGGGCACACAGGGUGAGGCCCACCCGCAGCCCCAGGUUGGGGCCCGGGGAAGUGAUGGGCCCCACGUGAGUGGAGUCUCCCACCUCCAUCCCCGGCCGCAUCCCUGUGCCGAGGGACCAUGGUCCCAGCCCUGGGGAAUGAAUGGGUCUUAAUGCCAUGCUGGCCUUCUAGAGAGAUCUCGGAAAACUGGCACACGGAUUUGAAGGCUGGGUCAGGCCCCCCGCUCCGUCUUAAGGAGCUGUAGAAAGGAGAGACGCAGAAAGGGGAUGGAACGAAACCAUGCUCCCUUCCUUUCCCACCUCCUCUCUUUGGUCAAACACUGACCCAAGAAACCAGGUUCAGCUGCCCGCCUUCCUGCCUGCCCUGGGAGGGGGGGCAGGGCUCAGCACAAGCGUCCAGGAGCCAGGCCUGCCCCGGCCCUCUAAACCUCCGGCAGCAAAGCCUGCCCGAGACACCCCGUGCCCUUCCCGAGCUGCCCCCUCAUCUCACCAGGCUCAAGUUCUCAAUCAUGGCAACUGGAUAAUGCUUGCUUCCGUGAGAAUUACUUCAGCAGCGUGGAUACAAAUUUUCAAAGUCUUUUCAUAUCUAUGUAUUCUAUAUUAAAAGUGAUAAAGUCAUGUUUCUGGGGCGUACUCAAGUAGCUGACAAGUAAUUAUUUAAUAAUAGUCCAUUGAGCGCAUUGUAAUGAUUCUUGCUGUAGUCGGGUCAUAGUAUCCAACAGGAAUUCCCUACCGACCUGCUGUAUCCAAAGGUUUGUAAAAAGCUGUAGAAGUUGUUGAUCUUUUUGAUUUUAUAUUCAAAAAGUCUCUUUUUAUAAAUAUUAUUUAUUAUACAAUGUAUAUACCUUUGAGUUAACUAAGAUUAUAUAUUAUAUAAAUAUAUAUAUAUUUGGAGAAAAUAUAUUUCAUCAUGCAGUUUUUUUCUGUUAAGUCAUUAAAGAGAAGGUAA